AGGCACGGUCUGAAAUGGAUAAGUACCUCUCAAGCGAGGUGCCCCCCAUCCCGAUGAUACCAGACAAGAAGUACCGCCGGGAGAGCGCCUCGGUGGUGGAUGAGUUCUUCUCCACAGACAAGCCCACUUCUACGCCGUACAGCGUGAACAUCAACGUGAUUCUGCCGGACACGACGCACCUGCGCACUGGACUUUACCGACCGCCCAAACCCAUGACGCCAUUCCCACAGAUCAAAACGGAGCCUGGCACCAGCUUUGCCCAGCCCUGCUCCUCUGCCUCCGGCUCCACGCAGACCCUGCCCGACUUCACCAGCGUCUUCAGCAUGCCCCAGUCGGUGGCAGUGAACAACAUCUUCAUCAAGCAGGAGAUGCCCUCUGAGAUCCCCUUAUCCACCCAUCCGCAGCCACCCCAGCUUUACCAGAUGCCUCUUGGCAACGGAACCGCUGACAUCACCACUCUGACGUCAUCCUCCAACAGCACCACAGCCAUCAACAGCCUCAGUGGUGUCACCAUGUCCACAGGCAGCACCAUGUCCAGCGUGGUGCACAGGCCUCUCCAUCCAGGAGGGCCGGUGAAGCAGUACCCGCAUGUCUCCCAGGGACAGGGAAACUUCAACAUCUCAGGGCAGUUCUACGCUGUUCCAGGGGUGAACCUGCCCCCUUCGCCCCCCAACUCACAGCCUGGCAGCCCAGAAAAUCAGCCCGAGCUCAUCAACACCAUCUCCCCCCCACCAUCCUAUGAAGCCACUUUUGGACUGAAGUUGGUCCAGUCGUCCCAGGUCCCCCCAGUCCCCAAUGGCCUUGGGACCCUCUCCCAAGGGCACGUUGUCAUGCAGCCCCCCAAAUACAACAGGCGCAACAACCCUGAGCUGGAGAAAAGGCGAAUCCAUCACUGCGAUUACCCAGGUUGCUCCAAAGUUUAUACCAAGAGCUCCCACCUGAAGGCACAUCAGAGGACUCACACAGGCGAGAAGCCCUAUAAAUGCACGUGGGAAGGCUGCGACUGGCGCUUUGCCCGCUCCGACGAGCUGACCCGGCACUACCGAAAGCACACGGGCGCCAAACCCUUCAAGUGCCUCGCCUGCGGCCGGUGCUUCUCCCGCUCCGACCAUCUGGCUCUCCACAUGAAGCGGCACCAGAACUAG